ACGAUAAUUUACGACCUCGCUAUUUCACCGUCACCGUGACUUCUCCCAACCUCUUGGCGACUGUACAUCCGCCGCCGGGCUACCGCUAUCUCUCCCUCUCCCUCCCUCCCUCUCUCUCUCUCUCUCUUUCCUCCCCUCUUCCUCCGCCCUCCAGUUCCUCCUGACGGCAGCAGCGUGUCUCUCUCUUUUUCGCUCUCCCUCUCUCUCUCUCUCUCUGGCUCGGUUCCCGUGGCGCGCGCUCGCCCGUGUUCCCGUUCUCUCGCUCUAUCCGCCCCCGCCCCCGUGGCAUGCCAACCAACGAGCCGGGGCCGCUUUCGCUUUGUGCGCGCCGGGGCGGCGGUACAUCAAAGCCUUCUAGUUCCCGCUCCGGCCUUUGACGGCUGCGUCGCGGCCGCUCGCUCAGUCAUCGCUCGGUAGGCGAAGCCGGCACGCCGUGGAUGAACGGUCGCGCGCGCGCCAACGCUCGCCGAAUCCGUGGGAUUCGGUAGCCGAUUUAGCUUGGCCAAUUUCGCACGGGAUUCGACGGGAUCCUCCUGCUCGUCGUUGUGGACUAUGUCGCCCCGUGGCAGCAAGUGCGCGACGCGGGUCAACCAGAGGCCGACCGCGAAAGGAAGGCGCGGGCCUAAUCAUCAUCAUCAGCAUCAGCGCGAUCAGCAGCAUAGGAGACGGGCGGAGGGGGCCGAGGAGGGGGCCGAGGAGGGCGACAAGGAGAAGAAGAGCGUCGAGGGUGGCGAAUCGGUCGAAGGAGGUAGUAGUACGACGACGACGACGACGACGACGACGAGAACGAGUAAGUCUGCGGUGGCAGCGUGCGAGGGUCGAUCGUCGUGGGCGGGGCGCAUGCGCCAGCCCCUGGAGAGCGGCCUCGAGCCCCGUGAAAACGGCACCCUGAUGCAACAACGAUGGCCGACAAGCAGGCAACGCCGCCGCGAUCGGAUCGCGGCCGACGAGGAUGAUUCGAGGAAGCAAUGCGGUGGUGACGGGACGGUGUCCUCGUCCAUCGCCUCCUCGCUCUCCUCGCCUGCCCUGUCCUCCUCCACGGACGAGGCCUCAAGAGGAUCGACCUCGCCUCCGUCGAGCGUAUCCUCGCCUGCACGCUCCACCUCGUCGACCUCUGUCGGCGCGAUCUCGCGGCACGAGAACGGCAAGCACGGGAAGGAGGAGGAGGUGGACGAGGAGGAGGAGGAGAACGAUCGAAGGGAGGAAGACACCGGGAGGAAGGAUCCGAGCUCGUCGAGGGUUGGGAACGAGGUGCAUCAGGAUAGAAUUAGGAAGAGGAAACAGGAGAGGCAGUGCUCUACGAGAGGACGGGGUGUCGUGGUGAGCGCGGAGAAAUCGGCAUCUACGGCCUCCGCCAGCAACUGUAUUCCCACCAUCUCCUCCCCCUCGCCGUUCUCCACCUCCUCCGUCUCCGACAAGGCGAGCCCCGAACAGGCCAAUCCAAGAGUUUGCCCGGCCGUCUCCCACUCGUCCGUUGUCGAGAGCCUGAGGAACGCUCUGGAAAGCUACGACCGAAGCAGAAUCUACCUCGCACAUGUGUCCUUUCUGGAUUGGCGGGACCUGCCCGGACGACGCCGCGCCACCGCCGCCGCGGCUGGCGACGCUGAGAGGGUGUGGGUGGUGGGGGCGGCUGAUCACGAGGGCCACCACAGGACGCGGUUGCUGGUAACGGGCCGCCAUUGGCGGCCACGUUGCCUUAGACGGGUGAACAUGCUCAGCCAGCCGGUGAUCUACGCCGGCGGCGGCAGGGGUUCUCUGACCGUGGACCUGUUCCUUUGGUGGUUCCACCGAGAAUUCGCGGUUACCGCGAUGGCAAUGCAUCCCGAUGGCGCCGUGUUGGUCGCCGAGACAGCCGAUUACUUGCCGCCCGAGGCCGACUGCGUCGCCGCCGAUGGAUUGGUCCGAUUGUUCGUCGUGCCGAAGGAUUGCCUCGAGACGAGGAUCGUGGUGAGGGAGUUGAGGGUGAGGCUCGCGACCGGCGUCCUCACCAGAGCCUGUUACGGCGUCUAUCGCAACGCCUCGAAUCCCCCCCUUGGAAAGGAGACGACGGCCGACCCCCUCGCCGCCUAUCUCAGAAGAUUCACGCUGAAGGAGGCGUUCGCCGAUCUCCACCGUGCCUGGCUCAGCGUCAGGUCGGAAACGUUCGCGAGAAGUUGGAUCCUGCCGCGCGACCGCGACGACGCGGCGCCGAUCGGCCGCUCCGGCAACGCGGCAGGCCUCGUAGGCUUCUCGGCCCGCGUCCACGCGGGCUCGAGCGAGGCGCAGGAGGAGGACAGGAUGCUGUUGAUAGAGUUGCAGAACGUGGCGAGGGAGGCGGGUGUUCGGGUCAGCGACGAGGAGUUGAGCAAGUGGAUCCUCGAGGACGAGAGCUGUAACGAUACCUCGUUGUCGUCGUCCUCUUCCUCCUCGUCGUCGUCCUCGUCGUCGUCCUCGUCGUCGUGGUGCGUCGAAAGGAAGAAGGAGCAUCAUCGGCACGAGGAGGAGUUGCCGCGUUGCCGCGUGAAGAUCGAGGCGGAGGAGAAGUGGGCCGAUUACGAGGGCGCGGGGAAGCAACAAGGGACGGACGGGGAGGAGGAGGAAGAGGGGGAGAAGGAGGAGGAGGAGGACGAGCCCACCGCGGAAGAGACUGUCGGUCUGCUGUCGAGGGUGCUGACUUGGAUGGAAAGGGAGCCUCUCGAUCCAGGACUGUUACUCGCUGUCAGAUCGAUGCGCGAUACCGCCGCACUCAUGGCGAGCAAGAUGGGCUUGGCGGGGACCCAUCCGAGCGGUUUGCCCUUCUUUUGCCCCAAUGGGGACCACCUGACUCAGCCACCGCCUGCUCAUAUGGGAAUUCCACCGUACGGGACGCUGGAUGCGGGUAAAGCAGCCGCAGCGGCAGGCUUGACAAGAGCGCCGAUGUAUCCCUUCUCCACGGGUCAAUAUCCGUACCCCAUGCUUAGCCCGGAAAUGACGCAAGUCGCCGCUUCCUGGCACACACCGAGCAUGUACCCCAUUUCCCCGGCAAGCACUGGUUUCCGAAGUCCGUAUCCCACGAGUUUGCCCAUCACAAGUUCUAGUUUACCAAGUGAUCUCUACCGGUUUUCGCCGACGGGCCUGAUGCCUCCGCAUCCUGGACUAAGUCCGCACGCACACGCGUUGGCGUCCCACGCACUGGUGUCCUCGGCGCCGAAGACGGAUCAUUCCACCCUGGAUCACAAUCACAGGUCCACGGUGGAGCAGAAGAAUUCCACGUCGUUACCGUCGGACAACGCGAAAGCACAGGACACAGGGCAGCAGAACAAUCAAGAUAAAAAGAAACCCCAUAUAAAAAAGCCUUUGAACGCGUUCAUGCUGUACAUGAAGGAGAUGAGGGCGAAGGUCGUCGCUGAGUGUACCUUAAAAGAGAGCGCAGCGAUCAACCAAAUAUUGGGAAGACGAUGGCACUCGCUAAGCCGGGAGGAGCAGGCGCGGUAUUAUGAGGCGGCCAGGCAGGAGCGCCAUCUCCAUCAGCAACGAUACCCCGGCUGGAGUGCCAGGGAUAACUACGGAUACGGCAGCAAGAAGAAGAAGAGGAAGAAAGAACGGUCCGCAGAUCCCACCGGAGGUAACAACAUGAAGAAGUGUCGUGCAAGGUACGGAUUAGACCAGCAAAGCCAAUGGUGCAAGCCAUGCAGACGUAAGAAGAAAUGUAUCAGAUACAUGGGGGAGGGAGGAGAGGGCGACGGCGAAGCGGAUGGCGAAGGCGACGACGAUCACUCGGAGGACAACCUCGGCAGUGUGGGGGAGGCAGGAACUCCUGAGGAGGACGAGUCUCUGAGCAGCCCCGGGGGCCUGUCCGCGUUGUCUAGUCUGGCCAGCCCCUCACUGGUGUUACAGUCGCCCUCGAGCCUGGCCAGCCCGUGCCCCUGCCCCCUGACGCCCCCGGUGCCGCCCCCACCCCUGCCCAACCCCACGAGCCAGCCGCACAAUCAGCCGGUGCAACCGCCGCCCCCGCAUCGUAACCCGGUCGGCACCAAUCCCCACGAUAUCAACAACCCCCUUAGCGUGAACCAACUGACCGGCCAGUGUAUAAAGAGUGAAGUGGUGUCGGCCCCAUCGGGCACGUCCAACCCGGCGAUCAGUGUUACGUAGCCCCGGCCGGAACCACGUGACAAGACUGUUGCUGCCACCUUGCGUGUAGCCGACAACAGGGUCCGUGCACGUGUUGAACAGACGACGAGGUGCUGGAUCAUUAGGACGAUUAUCUGUGUCGCGAUUAUCCGGCCGGCCGUUGAAAGCGUGGAGGAGGGCCGCCGCGACCGGUGGCUUCUCCCGGUGUCCAUCCACGUUCGGUUGCCCUUCGGGAGAAUGGGGGAAUCCCCCAGGUGGUGGUGGUGGUGGUGGUGGAGGAUAAUACCGGAGGUGGAUGAAGAGGAGACGGUUUGUCCGAUUUGGACCGAUUGGAUGGAAAGUUUGACGGGUGGUUCGAGAUCAAGGAUGGGAGAUAAGGAUAAGGCGGAUAUGGAGGAUCGUCCUCGAUCGUGAUGAGGGGAUGGUUCGAUGUGGCGAGACGUGGAGGGGAGGAUAGCGAGGAAAGUAGCCUGGGAUAUUGUGACCCGGGUAAAUAAUCCAACCCCUCUCCUCUCUCUCCCCUUCUCCUCCCCCCUCCUCCUCGAAUGAAUGUUGCACUCAAUUGAUUUGAAGUGUACGAAAUGGGGAAGAAAAUUGGGGGAAGGGGGAGGGGGAGGAAGAACGUUUACGUUUCGUGCGAGAAGGUGAACUAUGGACAUGAGCGAACAAGAUGUAUGGGGGGAGGGGAGGGAGGGGAUAGAGAUGAGCGAGGGAAAAUACGAUGCAGAAAUACUCAGGACCAAGUGUCUGGCUGUAGUCACCCACUCGAGAGAGAAAGAUUGUUAGGUGAUCGUGCGUGAUGGAGAAUGUGAUGGGUGAGAGGGAGUAAGAAAGAAAGAAAGAUGUGAUGCGAUUGUAGGACGAUUGUGUGUGAAUAUUGUGUGUGAAAGAGGGUGCGUAUAUGUAUAUGGGCGAAAGGCGUGAUUAAAGGGUGGCGAUAAAGAAGUGCGCGUGACACAGCUUGUAGUCCUUGUUACGUUGUGAUGCCAAUGACUGAGAGGUCAUGUUCCUGUGCCAGGUACUAUAUUCUAUAAAGUAAUUAUACCGCAGACGUAAUAACUAAAGGUUAAAAACGAGGAAGCAAGGAAGAACGAAUCGGGAAAAUUGAGAAAUAUAUGUAUGUGUUACGUGUGCAAGAGAGAGAGAGAAAGAGAGAAUGAAAGGACGGAUGACGAACGGAGAACAAAAGGAGGAGAAGAAGAAGAAGAAGAAGAAGAAGAAGAAGAAGAGAGCAAGAUUUAGAGGAUGAUGAGUUUGGACAAGACGAGAGAGCAAGACGAUUUUCUCGUAUUUCAUUUUCUUUUUUAUUCGACCUCAUUGUGUCAAAAUACCUAUUCUUCUGUGUACGUAAUUUGUUAUUUUUUUAAAAGUCUAUAUACACAUACACAUACCGUGCGAUUGAUUAGCGUGUAAGAUUUUCUUUUCUUUUUUUUCUUAAUUUUUUUUUUUUUUGAGUUCUUUCCUUUUUAUAAAUCUUUCAUCCUAUGAUACUUCACCCUAUCUACCCUUUUCACAAUUUUCAAUUAGAUCGCGACGCGAUCCAUAGGCGAAGAAGAAAUUCAAUUCGCCUCUUUAAUUCUUUAAUUCUUGUUUUAUUAAUCGGGACUACCCCGGGAAUCGAUCUCCGUUGCAUAAUAAUGAACUAUUUAGACAAAAAUCUCAGGAAUCUUUAUCGAGCACGACGAUGAUUCUCUCUUCCCCGAACGAUCUUCUCGUAAUAAUUUUUCACGAAUUUGAGGAACAAAAGUAUACGAAAAUAUGAAAUGCGAUCGAGGAACGGACGAAUGGAGGACGAGUAUAAGCCACCACCCCCCGCGCUUUCGAGUUAAAAAUCGAUCGAGACAAUAACCAAGAGACUGUUCUGUCGUCGAACGCGCGUCCCAGAGCUUCCAUUAGAAACCAUGUCUAAGAGUGGCUAUGUAUACUCGGCUUCGUUUCUCAAUGAUCGUUCAUGAUCGAGGAAGGAGAUACGAUAUAAGUUUUAUUAUUUAACGAAUGUCGUUACCGAUCGAGCAAAGAGAUCGUUUUUUCAAGUGUUCGCUUCUUCCUCUCUCUCCCUCUCUUUCUCUCUCCCUCUUUCUCUCUCCCCAUCUCUCCUUCCCACAAUUAGUUUAUUUUCUUCUUUUUUUUUUUUUUUAUUUUUUUCACGCCACAUGCCACAAUAUCUUCCCUGAUGAAACGGGAAAGAUCUUAAUCAGACUUAAUUCGUUAAUUAAAUAAUUAGUUAAAAAAAGAGAAAAUUCUUCUUUUCUUCGAAGAAAAUAUUUUCUUUUUAUCUUUUUUUCGUUUUUUUUUUUUUUUAUCAUUUUGUUAUCCUUUCUCCAGAAAAUUUUAAAAGAUCAAAGAAAGGGAUAGAUAGAUUUUGGAGUUUUUAUUUAAUGAAAACAAAUCCAUCUAUCCCCGCGAUUUUGAUGUUUCCUCUUGUAAAAUUUUCUUUGGAGAAAGAGGUGGAAAUGUGCAAGAAUGAAAAAUUGAAAAAUUCGUCGAUAUUUUAUUUCGUAAUUAUGAUUAUAGCGUGAUUAAAUGUUUGUUCACUCGAAUGGUCGCAAGCAACGAGUUUCCGCCAUGCCUCUUUUGUCACAUUUAUCGUGUUGUUUUACGUGUAAUAGGUAAACCUCACUACUCAUUGUUGUUGUAUAGGAAAACAAUUAAAAGAAAAAGAAGAAUAUUUUAGUUGAUCGUGAGCCCAUUUUACCUUUUUUUUUUUACGUUUCUUUUUUUUCCCCGUCUCCCUUAUUACCCCCUGUUUUCUUUAUUUUUUUCUUUUUAAUUGCGCUCUUGCGUUUUGAAUUCUUGUUAUCGCGGAAUAAGCGCGCGAAGCGAAUCGAGGAUUUUUUUUGCGUAUAUGUCUCUGCACACAGCGCGACGAUACACGUUUGUAUUCACGUUUUAUGUUCAUUUUAUGUUUUUAAUUUUUCUGUAUUGUAAUCAGAGAUUCACCGACGAUUAUUAUUCACAAAGCAUGAAGAAAAGGGAAAAAAUAGGCUGAUCGUUGAAUAAUUUCGCACAGAGUUUUAUAUUUAGAGUUUCUUUUUUUUUUUCUCUCUAUAUUUUAUAAUUAUCAUACGAUUUCUUUUAUUGUUUCCUUCUUUCUUCGAUAUGUUGAUUACGAUAAUUUCCAAUGAUCGUGAAUUUUAUAUUUUCUUUUUCUGUUUAUGCAAUUUUAACGAUCGACGAAUCGUUUAUUUUUAAUUCGAAUUUUAUUUUUAAUUCCGCGAAAUUAUUAUCGCGAGAAGCCUUUUCAAAAUGUUUUCAUUACUCUUUUUUUUUUUUUUCGUUUGUAUCGUUUCUAUGUACAUUCGUAUGUAUGUAUAGCGUGAAUCCUCGGUGCGAUCUCUCUCUUUCCCUACGCUUCCCAUCGAAAGAAUUUAGAUAGAAGAAAUCAGAAGCGAAGGAACACGAAAGCGAAAAAGGAAACGAAGAAACGAAACAAUUUUACGAGAAAUUUCAUUAUCGAACGUUUUGCGUUUUCUUUUUUUCCUUUUUUUUUUUUCUCUCCCCCGCGUUUUCAUUAGCGAAGCAUCUUUUAUGUACAUAAGAUAGAGAUACGUUUUUUUUUUAAAAGUUGCAUUUGUUGCGUCGAAUGGGAAAGUGCAAUGGAGGAACUGUGACGAAGAAGAAAAAGAAGAAAAGAGAGAAAAAAAGGAAAAAAGAAGAAGAAAAACAGGAAGAAGACGAGGAAAAAGAAAAAAAAUAGCAAAAGAGAUGCGUUGUAUCGAAGUCACACGAAACGUGUCUAUACGAGAAAAAAAAAAUAAGAAAAAGGAGAGGGAAUGAAACUGUGUAUGUAUGUAUGUGUACGUGUGCGCAAAAGUAAACGAAACCAUUAAAAGAAAUAUUUUUCUUUCUUUCUUUUCUUUUCGCCAUUUUACGUAUUUCUCUCUCUCUCUCUCUCUCUCUCUCUCUCUCUCUCUCUUUCUCUCUUUCUUCCUUCCUUUUCCAUUAUUUUUCCAUUAUUUUCUUCUGUGUCUCCAUUUCCACGUUUAUUAUUCUUCUCGAUAACCCUGACUGAAGCGACCACAAUGAUGCCUGUACAGCGUAAGAGCGUAAGAGCGUAAGAUUUAAAAAGCUUGUAACACGCGUCGACCGAUAAACGUGCCAUAACGACAUCAUGCCAAUAUUAACGAUAAUACGAUACUUUUUUACAAUUACGAUCCGUUUCGAACAGCAAAAGAAAAGCCUCUGUCAGUCAGUGUAACGAACGAUUAUUUGUGCGUUCACCACGGGCUUGCACGCCUCUCUGCUUCUUUUGCCGCGUUUUUACCUCGGCCACCGAGGUUUCUUCUCUCCCUUCAUUGCCUCGUUCCCUCUCGAUCGCGAUUGCACGCGAUCCUCGCAUUCUAACGCCACGAAUCCCAAAGGUUCUUCGAGAUCCAACCACGAUCUUCCCCCCUCCCCUUCCCUCCUCGAUAAACCAAUAAAUACGUUGGUCUAAGUGAUCCCAGUAGGGGCUGGGUCCAAGUUUAACAUGCUGACAGAAAGUGUUCGAGCAUCGUUUAUAGAGUUUAUAGAUAAAUUCGCGUCUUUCGAUUUCGAUUUCGAUGAAAAUUUCAGCAUAAGUGAUAUAAAUCUUUUGAAUAAAAUAACAAAGUUCUCAUUUUCUUCCAAUUGAAUUUUUUUCAAAAAUUUUGCUUUUGUUUUUUAUCUAUAAUAAUAAACUUGCCGAGACGAUUCAAGUGGUUCGGUUCGAUUUUAAAGUUAUUAUAUUUAUAGUUAUUAUAUUUUAAAGGAUGGUGGAAUACUUUUUGCCAAGAAUUGCGCUUGGACGAAUGACGAGGAAUCUUUUUAUAUCUUCGACUAUACUUGUUAUUUAACCCUUUGCGGUCGUAAUGAUUUGUGGCAUCAAUGAUUGGUUGUAAAAUUGCAUUGCGAUGAAAUCAAUUUUCAAUUUUUUUCAAGAUAUCCUUAUUAUAAUUUCUUUAUAAUUUUUGUUUCCCUUUUGAAUCAAAUAUAAUUACACGUAAAAUUGGAUCAAUUAUUGUAUGAAAAUUUGAUCGAUUAAACUGUAAAUUUUAUUUGAAUUUAUUUUAUUUAAAUAAAAUGCGAUUUCUCGUUCAAAUAAUAGAAAUUCACAUUCAUAUAAUGGAUUCAAUUGGCAAAAGUUCAAUCAAUCGUGGACUAACUGAAAUUUCGUUCCAAAUAAAUGAAGUUCAGUACGAUUGUAUUAUAUUCUAUUAUCAACAGCAUAUAUACUUUGCCACAUAUCUCGAUCGCAAAGGAUUUAAAACUCUCUAAAAAUUAACAAAUAAAUCAACUAUAAUAUUCAACCAGUACUUAAUCUAUCCUAAUUUCUAGAAAUAGAGACUUCGAUUUUCCUCAAAAUUUUCAAAAAUUUUUACCACUUUCGAUAUCCUUUUUUUGUCCACAAUUUCAAUAUCUCAUAUUUUCCCUCCAAUUCCUCAAUCCUCUCCAAAAAUUUCACGUCUAAAAAGAUUUCUAAUUUUUCCAAAAAUCUCGAUUUUCAUCUCGAAGAUCUUCAAUAUAUAUAAAAAAAAAAAGAGAGAAAAACAAAUCACACGUGCGAGAGAGAAUGUAAAAGCGAAAGUUAAAGAACAACAAUGAGAAUCGUAUCGGAUCGAGAGCCGAUCGAGGCGUCAAACGAGCGGGCAAGGACGACCAGCGGUUCACGGAACGAGCGCGAGAAAAAGAGAGAAAGAUAAUGAGCGAGCGAGAGAAGAACUACCACCGAUUGUACUGACAGACGUUAGCCACAAAGACUCGUUAAGCCGUGCGAUGUAUUAUUCCGUGAGUGUAUGUAUGUAUGUAUGCAUGCAUGUACGUAUGGUGUGUGUGUUGCGUGCGUGAGCGCGUGCGCGUGUGCAUGCGAUACGAUGACUUGUGUGUCCGAGUUGCGGGGGCAGAGAAUACGUACGAUGAAACGGACGAUGCUCGACUCUAUAGCAGAAUAUAGGCAUACGAACGAGCAUUUAAACGCAUUUCCUCCGCACGUGGUUGUUGCAACGAGGUUUGUUAGAGAAAGAAAAUUAUUCCACGAGCAAGCACGGUCGUCCCGAUUACCGUUCCAAUCGCUCGAGGAUUCGUAGAUUCGUUCUCCCGUAUAACGUGAUUCUUCCCUGGUGAUAUAUCUCAAAUCUUCGAAAAGAAUCACUGUAUAUAUACGAUACACUGUAUACGACUCCAAGAUUCAAGUUUUAUUCUUGAUAUACGAAAACGGAUUCUUCCUUUCGGGUAACGGGAGUCGGGACGACGAUUUUUCUUUUUCUUUUCUUUUCUUUUUUUUUUUCCUUUCACCGAGUCAGUUCGUUCGAAUCGUUCGUUCGUUCUGCCCGCGACACUCGGCGUUAAUUCACUUUGCGAGGAACGAGACGACGUCACGAGGGUCCGUCGUGGCCCCCACGAGUGGUCAAGGACGAGGAAGCUAUUCCUCCUCGUGUGAUACUUUUUAAGAAGGGAAGAAAAAGGAGGAAGAUAGACACGCCUUUGACACGUUCUUGCGAUUGAAACGAAAGCAAACGUCGUCGACGAAAGAACGAUCGCGGGUGUGGAAUAGCUUCCGGGAUCCGCUUGUAAACACGGCCUACAGACCGCGUGAGACGUCGAUACGUAGAGUCACUCGGAACGCCCUGGCCGUGGCCGAUCACGAACCGUGCUUUUUCUUCGAGCUUUCACGAGAAGAGAAGAGAAAGGAGAGAGGAGAGAUCCCGCCGCGGUUAGGCUCGUCUCGCUUCAAGGAGUGCUUGUAACAUAUUGUAAAGUAUCACCGACAGUUUCUCAGCUGCGUUGUACAGUGUUUUCUAAGUAUCUAGUUUAUAUAGCGUGUAAUUGAAGAGGAUACAUUGUAUUUACACUAAAUAAGUGAUCUGUAUCAAAUUCAUUCUCGUAUAGCCUGUACUCCUACUCAUUGUAGAUGCUAAAAGUGAUUUGUGUCAUAAAGAAACCUAUAAAUAAAAUUAGCAAUUUGAGAAUGUU